AUGCAGAGAUCACUACAGAAUUCUACAUCUCCCGAGGGGGUGCCCAUCAUCUCCUCUUCCGCUACACUGCCACCAGCUUUGGUCGAUGAGGUUGCGCCUCUGGAGAAGCAUGGCUUCCUCUUUGGCCAGAAGCUCACAAACUCAUGGUCACCAUUCCUACACGAUGUGAUAUACAGUCAUCUCGGUCUCAACUGGGGCCAGGUGCGCUUAGACUCUGCAGACGUGGAUCUGUUCUUGAAACUGAUCCAACACCCCGACUUUUAUGGCGCGUCCGUCACCAUGCCUAACAAAGUCGCCAUCGUGCCCCAUCUCCACAUCCUCACACAGGAAUGCCGCGACGUCGGCGCCUGCAACACCCUCUUCACCCGUCCACAUCCCUCUAAUCCGUCCCGUCGCCUCCUCUGCGGCGCCAACACUGACGUCCUCGGCAUCAAGAACAGUUUCAUCUACAACGUGCCCCACCCUGAGCAAGUCUACCACGACAAACCCGCCCUGGUCAUCGGGGGAGGCGGUGCCGCGAGGAGCGCAGUGUACGCACUGCGCAAGUUCCUCCAGGUUACAGACAUUUACCUCGUCAAUCGCGAAGCGAGCGAGGUGGAGGCCGUGAUCAGGGACUGCAAGGCGCGGGGAUACGGCCAAGAUCUGAUCCACGUGUCGACAGAAGCCCAGGCAAGACAACUCGCACACCCUGGCGCCAUUGUCGCCUGCGUGCCGGAUUUCCCGCCGACCACACUGGAGGAAAUCCUCGCGCGCUCCAUCACGACCAUCUUCCUCUCCAAGGACGCGUCCGCCAAGGGCGCCAUGCUGGAAAUGUGCUAUAACCCGACGCCGUUCACAGAACUGGGCAAGCUGGCCGAGGGCAUGGGGUGGCAGGUGAUCUUGGGCACGGAGGCAUUGAUAUGGCAGGGCCUUGAGCAGGAUCGGUAUUGGACGGGGCGGGAGUUGAGUGAGCUGCCUGUCGAGGAUGUCAAGGCUGCUAUUGCGGACAAGGUCGCGGCCAGGAUGGCGAAACUGUGA